GUUUCAGUUUCAGUUUCCAGAAGAAACACAUCAGAAAAAAAAUUGGAAGGGAAGACUCGGAGAAGAGCGGGAUGAUCGACACGUGGCUGAGGAAACACCGUCUCCUCUACACUGGAGCGACUCGGCAUCCCUUCAUCCUCAGCAUUCGUGAUGGCACCGUCGAUCUCUCCUCCUUCAAAACAUGGCUAGGUCAAGAUUAUUUAUUUGUUAGGGAGUUUGCUCCAUUUGUGGCAAGCGUUCUGGUGAAAGCAUGGAAAGAAUCAGACGACAGAUAUGGUGAUACAGAAGUUAUAUUGGGAGGACUGGCCUCACUAAAUGAUGAAGUUGAAUGGUUCAAGAGAGAAGCCUCCAAGUGGGGCGUUCAACUCUCUAACAUUGCUCCUCAGAAAGCUAACGAGAAUUACUGCAGAUUUCUGGAGUAUUUGAUGAGCCCAGAAGUGGGAUAUACUGUGGCUAUCACUGCCUUUUGGGCCAUUGAAGCUGUCUAUCAAGAAAGCUUUGCUCACUGUCUUGAAGAUGGCGCUAAUACCCCACAGGAACUGCGGGAGACUUGCCAAAGAUGGGGCAACGAUGGUUUUGGUCAGUACUGUCUCUCUCUCAAAAAAAUCGCAAACCGGCGCCUGGAGAAAGCUUCAGAAGAUGCUCGACCAUUGGACGCUUCAAAGGAGGUCCUAAACAAAGCUGAAGUAGCUCUCAUUCGUGUCAUGGAACAUGAAGUCGAAUUCUGGAACAUGAGCCGUGGAGGUUCCUGAAUACUAAAAAAGACUUCACUUCAGAAACUAAACGUUAAAUAGGUCAACUCUGAGCUGCUUGUUCUUUUACUCCAUUUGCAUAAGUACUAAAAUAGGCUAUGUUUUGUGCAUGGUCUGAGAUAUGUAUAUUAGAUUUGUUACUAUAUAUAAUAUAAGCUUUCCUCUAGUAUUUUCAUUUA